CAAGAAAGAAUGAAGAAAUAAACAAACAGUUCGCCAAGAAAAGGUUUCUUAUCAAAUUCUUUAAUUAAUUGGCACAUUUACGUAACUUUACUGCCCUCGGAAGAUGGUGUUCAACUUGAUUCUCAUUACGGGCGUUCCCGGUGUGGGAAAAACGACAAUUUUCCGGAAGAUUGCAGAUGACCUGCAGGGAAUGAAGGUGCCCAUAAUGGGCUUCUACACGGAAGAAGUACGCAAUGGCCUUGGGGGACGUGUGGGAUUUGAUUUGGUGACCUUUGACGGGCAACGCGGGAUUCUUGCCCGGCCGAGUAAAACCUCUGCCCUGGCCUCCUUUAAGCGCCUUCACAAGCUAAGCAGAUACAGUGUUGACAUUGAGAGCCUUGACCAGAUUGCCCUGCCUAUUCUAUCAAGCAAUAACAUCGACCCCCUGCUGAUGAUUGAUGAAAUUGGCAAAAUGGAACUCUUCAGCACACAAUUUCAGGAUAGAAUUAUCAAAAUCACUGAAGAUCUCCGUCUGGGACGACGCUGCAUGAUUGCCACAAUCCCCAUAACAUCGCGUCAUUCCAACAACAUCAUCGAGAACCUCCGGAAGAUCGAUGAUUGUGCUGUGUUUGAAAUAACAAAAGCAAAUAGGAAUAGCAUCUAUCCGGAAAUAAUGUCCGCCGUCCGUCGAAUGUUGGGCAUUUAAACACUUCCUGUUCGUCUUUUUUUUAACAGACUUCCUCAGGAAUUGUUUAUUUAUUUAUUCCCUCGGGGAAGCAUUCCAGUUUGUCUUUCAUUCUCUCUCUCUCACACCAUGCCAUUGACGGCUGGUACUUUGCUGGGCUCUCUAAUGGAUCUCUUCCGUACACGCUUUGGCACUUUUUCGGAUUCCAUCUCACUGAAGAGGUCCUCCUUGCUGCGCCAGAACAUCUCCUGCCGUUGCACAAGUUCCGGAUAUUUACUCUCAAAGCGCACAUCCGGCAUUAGGGGUAGUUCCCAUCCGCGCGAUGACACCUGCGCCACAGACAUGAGGAUUUCCUUCACCUCCUCCGGGGGAAGUUGAAUAACCACCCCAAUCUUCUGCCUAUCCACAAAGUUCCGCCGCACGAGCUGGUAGAGCUGCAAAGAAA